GGAGACCAGCUGGAAUGCGACGGAAGCGACACGGGGCCGGCCCACAGAUAACUGCCCAGAGCUGGGUAUCUGGAGAUAGGCCUAUCAAGAUGAUGAUAAGGAAGCUAUGUGUAUUGAGUUUGCUUGGGAAACAACGACGAUUGGUGAUAAAUACGCCCAUGUUUCAGGCAAAAUCCGGAGCGGACCUGGUUGUAUCGCCUGGACCUUCCGCCGUCUUGUGUGGAGCGGAGCCCGGUUGGCGCUACUCGUUCGCGUGGACCUUCCACCAAGCGCCGCCAACCCCAUGGCACGGGGGAACUGGCUGUUGGAGAACGUGGGGAACAGAUAAGCGAGAAUGGCCGUUGGAGAUGGUUCGAUCAUCAGUCUCAAGUUCAAGUUUUCCCUCUGUUCGUGCUGGAACCGAACACGCAUACAUUCACUAUGGCCGACACGAAAACCACUACCGGGCAGGAGGACCCUGUCCCUGCCAACGAACAUACCCAAGGGGAGAUGGUCAACAUGGAGACCUACAGAGACACUGUUCCCAAGUGGAAGCGAAUCUGGCAGCACAGUUUGACGCAAAUGAUUCUGCUGAGUAUCCAGGCCUUUUGUGGGCCGGCCAUGUCGGACGCCAUCACUGGUCUCGGUGGUGGUGGUCUCGCAACUCCUCAAAUCUCCAACAUUUCGACCGCCAUUCGAUAUGCGCUCCUUGCCGUCGUCUGCUUCAUGGGCGGUCCUAUUGUCAAUAAAAUCGGCGUCAAGUGGGCUCUCGUGAUCGGCUCCAUGUCCUUCCCUAUUCAGGGAUCCGCGUACUACUGCAAUAGCAAGUUUGGAAACCAGUGGUACCUCAUUCUUAGCGGCGCCAUCAGUGGUAUCGGAACAGCGUGUUGGUACGUUGCUGAAGCUGGUGCCAUCAUGACGCUUGCUCCGUCUGGUGCGCGUGGAAAAUAUCUCGCUCUCUGGAUUGUUUCGCGCAACCUGGGACAAUUGGUUGGUGGUGCUAUCAACCUAGCCAAGAACCACGAAGCAGGAGCCGAAGGUGGUGUCACUCCUGAUACAUUCAUCGCCUUCCUCGUCAUUGAGUGCAUUGCUUUGCCAUUCGCCCUUUUGAUUGUCCCCUUCCAACACGUCGUCCGAUCUGAUGGAACCAAGAUUGUGACUGCCGAGACCCUCUCCACUAAAAUGGAGUUCCGCCGCAUUGCAAAGACUGUCACCUCCAAGCUUAUUGUUCUUUCCUCUGGAUGGGCUCUGUGGUCCUUCUUCUAUACUGGUACCUGGUCCACAUACCUAGGAACCUACUUCUCUGUCCGCGCUCGCGCCCUCUCUUCUCUCAUCUCGCCCUUCUUCUGCAUCAUUGGCUGCUUCGGCCUUGGCUUUAUCCUCGACAUGAAAUCCCUCUCACAGCGCCGCCGCGCCCAACUAGGCCUAUACACUGUUGUUAUCCUCAAUGUUGGCGUCUAUAUCUGGAGCAUCAUUAUGCAAGUCCGCUUCAACGAAAACAACCCAGGCCACAUUGACUGGUCAGAUGGCCUCUAUGCCAAGUCGUUCCUCCCCUACUUCUUUAUUCAAACCACGGGACCGCUCAGCCAGAGUUAUAUGUAUUGGUUGCUGUCCAGUUUUGCAACUGAUGCACAGGAAAACGUCCGAAAUGGCGCUGCCUUCCGCUGCAUCGAGGCCGUUGGGCAGGCCAUCGCGUAUGGAAUGAAUACCCAGACGACCAGCGACCCUCUGAUUGGAUUCUGUGUGACAUUUGGCCUUCUUGGGAUUUCGCUUAUCCCUAUGAUCAUGCUGGUGAAUACGACGCCCGACCAGAUUCCGGCUGAUAUUAUCGCUGCCGAACAGGCAGCCGCUGAUGAAAAGGUUGCGGCUGUGUAGAUCACCCAUUUGCUAGGGGAGAGUGUACGCUCAACAGAGAAUGAUUUUCACUAUAUUCAUAGCUAGGAGCAUCCGGGCGUCAUGCCAGAAGACAAAUAUACAGUUUCGAGCUUCCACAACCUUCAGCUCCAAUCUUCGAACAAAUUAAUCAUAAUACUUGGCAACAAGCCCCCCAAUAAUCCUCUGAUCCCCAACCUCACUC